AUAAAUAGGAUGGAUUUUCAGGUCUCUAACAUCCUCCCUGGCUCCUGAAUCUUCAGCUCACUCUUCCUCAAGCAGAUUCGCCUGUAUUUGCCAGAAUGCCUCAACUUCUUAACAGCAUACUCAAUGUGAGUAAGGCAUUCCAGAAAUAUGCUGAACACCAUGGGGCAUGCACUUCACUGAACAAGAUGGAGUUGAAGCAGCUGCUUCUCACUGAGUUUGGAGACAUCCUUCGGAGACCAAAUGACCCAGAGACUGUGGAAACCAUUCUGGAACACUUGGACCGAGACAGAAAUGGAUAUGUUGAUUUUCAUGAAUACCUCUUGUUGGUGUUCCAAUUGGCCCAAGCCUGCCAUCAUAAGCUAGAUAGUAAGUUGUACGGAAGCAGAACCUCCCCCCGGAAAGAACAGGAUCAGAAAGGAACACAGAGCCAUAAGUUUUCAGAAAACACAGGCAGACAACAUAGGCAGAAUUCUCACAACAGUCAGUCUGAGGGACAAAGUCAGGAUGUCCAACAUGAUCAGUCUCAGAAACAAGAUAAGGACUCUCACUGCAGUCACUCUGAGAGACAUGAUACAGACUCUCACCAUGGUCAGACAGAGAGACAAGAUAGGGAUUCCCACCAUGGUCAGUCAGAGAGAUUCCAUGGGGACUCCCACUAUGGUCAUUCUGAGAGAGAAGACACAGAUUAUAGCUCUGAUCAGUCUGAGACAGAUGAUCAAUACUCUAGCUCUGGUCGAAGAUUGAGUUAUAAAUCUAACAAUGACCAGGCCAAAAGUCAAGGAUAUGUCUUUGCCUUAAAUCAGUCUAAGAACCCAGCUCAAGUUUCUCAUUAUGGCCAGUCUAAAACAUUUGGACAACAAAGCAGCCAUGGCCAGUCUGGAAGACUCCGACAAGAUUCUUAUUCUAGUCAAACCAGUCAACAAGAAUCUGGUUCUUAUGAACAAUAUGGAAGGCAGCAUCAGAAAUCAGGCAACAGUCAGACAGACAGACAGGCCCAGAAUUCUCACAAUAGCCAGCCAGACAAACAAAGACAUAGUUUCCAACAUGAUCAGACAGAUGGACAAAGCCACAGUUUCCAUUAUGGACAGAUGGAUAAGCAAGGCCAGAAGGGUUUCCAACAUGGUCAGAUAGAUGGACAAGGCCAGAGUUCUCAUGACCAGAAAAAGAGCAAAGGCCAGAAUUUUCAUUAUGGUCAGAAAGGUAGACAAGGCCAGAGUUCUUACCAGGGUCAAUCAGACAGUGAAGACCAGAAUUCAGAGUGGCAUCGGACAGACAGAGAAGACCACAGUUUUCAUUUUGAUCAGACAGGCAGACAAGGCCAGAGUUCUUACCAGGGUCAAUCAGACAACGAAGACCAGAGUUCAAGCUGGCAUCGGACAGACAGACAAGGCCAGAGUUUUCAUUAUGAUCAGACAGGCAGACAAAGCCAGAGUUCUCACCAGGGUCAGAAAGGUGGACAAGGCCAGACUUCUCACCAGGGUCAGAAAGGUGGACAAGGACAGACUUCUUACCAGGGUCAGAAAGGUGAACAAGGACUGACUUCUCACUGGGGUCAGAAAGGUGGACAAGGACAGACUUCUUACCAGGGUCAGAAAGGUGGACAAGGACAGACUUCUCACCAGGGUCAGACAGGUAGUCAAGGACAGACUUCUUACCAGGGUCAGAAAGGUGGACAAGGACAGACUUCUUACCAGGGUCAAAAAGGUGGAAAAGGACAGACUUCUUACCAGGGUCAGAAAGGUGGACAAGGACAGACUUCUUACCAGGGUCAGAUAGGUAGUCAAGGACAGACUUCUCACCAGGGUCAGAAAGGUGGACAAGGACAGACUUCUUACCGGGGUCAGAAAGGUGGACAAGGACAAACUUCUUACCAGGGUCAGACAGGUAGUCAAGGACAGACUUCUUACCAGGGUCAGAAAGGUGGACAAGGACAGACUUCUUACCAGGGUCAGAAAGGUGGACAAGGACAGACUUCUCACCAGGGUCAGACAGGUAGUCAAGGACAGACUUCUUACCAGGGUCAGAAAGGUGGACAAGGACAGACUUCUUACCGGGGUCAGAAAGGUGGACAAGGACAGACUUCUUACCAAGGUCAGAAAGGUGGACAAGGACAGACUUCUCACUGGGGUCAACCAGACAGUGAAGACCAGAAUUCAGAGUGGCAUCGGACAGACAGAGAAGACCACAGUUUUCAUUUUGAUCAGACAGGCAGACAAGGCCAGAGUUCUUACCAGGGUCAAUCAGACAACGAAGACCAGAGUUCAAGCUGGCAUCGGACAGACAGACAAGGCCAGAGUUUUCAUUAUGAUCAGACAGGCAGACAAAGCCAGAGUUCUCACCAGGGUCAAAUAGACAGACAAAACCAGAGUCCUCACUGUGGUCAGUCAGAGAUUGGGAAAACUGAACUUCAAGGGCAAAACAGGUACUUCCAAGGAACUGAUGAAACUGUUGAGCAAUCUGGAAGGUCAGGAAAACUAAGUCAACAGACUUCAAGAGAGGAAGUGAAUCAAACCCAGAGGCAGAGAUUCCAGGAUAGAAGGGAGCAGCAAACUCACCACCAGACAUGGAAACCUGAACAAGAUAAUCAACACAAACUCUUAGCUCAGAUACAGCAAGAAAAGCCAUAUUCCCAUAAUGAGUAUAACUGGCAAUCCCAGAGUAGUGAGGAGGGCCACUGGGUAGAGGAAGAGCAUCAUCAAAGCUGGGAUAGGCAUAGUCUUGAGGAUCAGGAAAAUCUAUAUGAGAUGCAGAACAGGCAAACCCAUGAAGAUGAAAAAAGCCAUCAGACAAGGGCUAGGCAAACCCAUGUAGAUGAGCAGAAACAGCAAAGACAACACAGGCAAACUCAUGAAGAAAGUCAAGAUCAUCAACAUGGUAGACAAACCCAUGAAGAUGAACAAAGCCAUCAGAGACAAGACAAACAUCAAAAUCACCAACAGUGGGAUGAACAAACUCAUGAAGAAAAUGAGAGGUUUCAAGGAUCCCAAGACCAAUCCAGGAGUUUUCCCAACAAAGAAAAAUUCCACAUGAAUGAAGAUGAACAGUGCCAAGGAUCCCAGGACAGACAUUUCCAUCCAACCCAUGGUGGUGAGAGGUCCCAAAGAAGAGAACAACACAGAAACCACCCUACCAAAACAGCAUAUUCCCCCAACCCCCUCUAUGAUUAUGUACGAGAGCAAGCAGCUUAUCAAUACUAGGCUGCCUGAGCAGCAGAGAUAACAUAGCUUGAGUCUAAUGAAGAAAUCUACAUGUCAAUUCACCUUUGCUUCUGUUUAAAAGGUUGAAGUUGUAUGUCAUCCUUCUCUUUUUCAUCUAUCUAUGAGAAUGCUUCUGAAGACUAGUCUAGCAACCACUUUUUGAAAUUUCAAUUCUUUGAGUAGCAAUUCUAGGGUUAUUUGGUUGGGUGGAGUAAAUUAGAUGAACUAACCAAUCUUUAUUUUGAUGACUUUGUAGAUUUAAAUCAUUCCUAGUUUGUUUUCAGUUUAGGUGAUACUUGGUUGAAUCAUUGAAUGGCAGAAAAUUCUCCCUAACGUUUAGUAACAGGAAAAGGAACAAUGGAGACUUAUACUACAUUUGAAGGAAAGGAUUUUGGACUUUGAUAAGCUUUGGGUGCUGGAGAAUGGGAGACAAUUCUGAAAACCUUUCCAACAAAGACCACAUGUAAAACAUUAUAUUAAUUAUAUUAAAAUACUCAAUAAAUGAUUGGUGAGCAAUGAUG